AUAAUAAUAGUCCUAUUAGAUACAAGACCUAGCACUGGAAGAUGCUAGUGCUAGUAGUUUUACUUAUCAGAUACAAGUUGUUUAAAACAAGGAGUACUAUUUUCUGCCACAUGAACAUUCCGAUGGAAUCUUCCAAAAUUCAAAGUUCUAAACAGGGACUUCAUUUUGAAUAGACAAUAUUCAUAUUAAUGCUAUAAAUGUUGCUACUUCAGGUCAGAAAAAUAUAGAAACUACUCAUAUAUGAGUGGUGGAGAUUUUCAAUGCAGAUGGUUAUUGUGAUGUCACAAUAACCAAAAUUCCAUUGCUGCAAUCUUGACCAUGAGAACCCCAAAGACACUCAUUCUACACAUGAACAGACAAGAGAUAGAGAAAUGCAUUGAGAACCAAAGGCGGAAAUGCCACAGCAGAAAUUAUGGAGAGGAAAGGUGGAGGACUUGCGGAGGGAGGUUGCUUUGACGAGGGGAGACAUCAAGAUCAUGAGAAGGGAGGCUGACCACAAGAUGGAUGCUCACUGGCAGCUCAUGGAGGAAGCGAUGGGACAGUGGAGGGAGUUGGAGACAAGGAGAGCUGAGGCCCAACAGAAAGAGGUACAAGUCAAGCAGACCCUGGGAACCUCUGAGGAGGCCAGAAGAACAGCAGAGGUGCUGCAGAAGAACAACGAAAGAGGUCGGACCAGUUGUCGGCCACAGGCUGACAUGCUGACCAAAGAAAGGAAAAAGGCCUUAUUGGAGAAAGCCAGGGCCAUGAGAAAGCAGCAAGAGGAAGAAAGGGAAGCGAAAGAAAAGACAAUAAAAAAUCUGGAGGAAAGGCUUGCCACUUUGGACCAGGAGAAGAAGAGAAAAGCUUUCAUGAAGAAAGCCAGGGCCAUGAGGAACAAGCAGGAGCAAGAAAGAGAAGUGCGACAGCGGAUAAUUACUAAUCUGGAGGCAAGGCUUGCCGCUCUGGAGCAGCAAAAGAGAAAUAACAACAGCAACAACAACAACAUGAUGGGAGAAAAGGCUCACUAUAACAUCUCAGAACAGAAAACAACAGAAUCGAUUGCUAAGAGCACAGGAAGCUGCAAAGGAGCCGUUGGAGAAAAGGAAGACCAUGUGGUCAUCGAUAUGGAGGGAGCCGUUGGAGUAAAGGAAGACCAUGUGGUCAUCGAUAUGGCGGGAGCCAGUGAAGACCAGGCUGAAAACUCUCAGGGGCAAAAGCAAACAUCUCUGCUGAGGAGGAUCAAGGAGAUGUUGGGCUUUGGAGGCCACUGAGAGCCGAGGACCAACACACACACGCACACACACAUGCACACACGCACACACACACACACACACCACUGAACACACACCA